UUGCAUGAGCUGUCUGUUUUUCCAACAUCAUUUGUUGAAGAGACUGUAUUUUUUCCAUUGCAUAUUCUUGCUUCCAAGUGUUGUGAGUUUCAGAAUUUUAGUGAACAUUUAUAUUUCUUGCUUAUUUAAAAGAAAGGUAUGUGUAAGUCAAAGAAAGGAGGGUCACCAGGAUGAUGUGAGCUUUGGAAGCUGUAUUAUCUGAGUAACUGAUUAUGUUACCCAUGACUGUAACUUUUUUGUAAUGUAGUUUGAUUUUUUUAACUCUAAAUUAGACUCUGAUUUGUAUGGUCACAUAAAUUCACCCCUCUAGCUCACACCUAGUUGGACUAAUAUGUAAUGUCCACAGCAGACUUUCAAGAACCAUUUAUAGUACUUAACUUUAAAGAAAUGAGGGCACUUUAAAAAUGUGAACCAGUAGGCUUAGCUAAAUUAUAUUCAUAGUUGCUGUUUAUAGAAUUGUUAUUAGUAUACCUUUUGAGUUUAUAGUCAACAUAUCAUCCUGAAAUAUUCUUUAACUUAUAACUAGCUCCCCAUUCUCCAUUUUAAAAGGAAAUCUAAGUUAAGACUACGAUUUCCAACCAACCAGUCUUAAACAUUUUUUAUAAACCUAUGCCACUAUAAAUUAUAUGACUAAAUGCUAUUAAAGACAAUUAAUUAUGAGAAAUGUGGUUUUAAAAUUUGUACCUGCUCUUAUUUAGUGUUACUACAUAAAUGGUAUGCCUCUGUGGUUUUAUUGUCCAUUUUUGUGCUAAUUAAAACCAUGCAGAUUGGAAAAAUCUCAGGCAGAUCAAAAUUGGAAAGCAAUACAGGUGUAAUAAUUAUUCUACUUGCAAUUGGGAACAUGGGAAUAAAAUACUCAUGAGAAUUUGCUCUGUUAAGUAAAACUGAAAAUGAUAAAACACCCCAAGCUUGAUUGAAGGAUUGCUCUAAGUAUGACAGAUGAAUACUAACAUUAUGUGAUGAAAUAAAUUUAUGUUAUGAAAUAAUAUCAAUUAAAUUGGAGACUGUAAAAACAGGUGGACAUUCAUAAAAUCUGGGACUUAGAAAGAAUGGAAAGAAUAAAGAGAUAAGAACUAUGAACUUUUGGAAUGGAGUAUAUAAAUUCUGAUGAAAAGAAAAAUUCAAGAUACUUUCUCCAUGCAAAAUUCACUUAAUACAAAUGAUUUCUCUUCAAAGACCCCACUAACCCUCUAUUAUUGUGUUUUCUCAAGAAAAGUAUAUGAAUUAGUUGCUUAUAUUCCUUGCUUCCUACAAACAAAUACCUCUUCUAAGUUUUUCUUCCAUUCGUAAAUACUUGAGAUCUUGGGUCCCUAGAGAUACCAAGAAUUUUCUUAACAGAAGUCUAAGAAAUGAAGUUGUCUGAACUUUAUAUAAACAAAAGAUUUUAAAAUUUACUGCUCCUGACAUGAUUCAUUUUAUUUUUAUUUUAAAACUGGGAAAACGUAUUUUCAAGGCAUAAGGAGACCACAGUUAUGGUCACACUAAAUAUUCAGAAGUUAAGUCUCUUAAUGCUUUCAGCAAACAUGAGAAGUGUUGUUCUACGCUUUAAGAAAACUGAAGGAAAAAAAUCAGAGGUUAAAAUAAAAUUUAACAUUUAUUAAUAAAAUUGAUAAUUAUAGUUCGUACUUACUAUUUGACCACAUGAUGUCGCUCUUUACCGCGAAAUUCUCUCAUUCAAGCCAAAACGAAGUCCUCCGUUUUCAUAUUAGAAAGAUUCUCCACUGUGUUUUUCUAUGCGGAUGUUGAACAAUGGAGAGCACAUCAGGAUAGUAACGAAGAGAUAAGAUUCCUCCAAAUUUUGAGAUAAGUUACGCCGAUUUGAAUAAUUUUAAAAUCCCAAUUAAUUUGAAAUGGUGUACUCGAAUCGAGGCGACCGGGGGCACCAGCAUCUACUGCUGUUUUUUAUAAUCCUCACAGCCUGGGAAAGCGGGAGCGGCCAGGUCCACUACUCAGUCCCGGAGGAGGCCAAACACGGCACCUUCGUGGGCCGCAUCGCGCAGGACUUGGGGCUGGAGCUGGCGGAGCUGGUGCCGCGCCUUUUCCGAGUGGCUUCCAAAGGCCACGGGGACCUUCUGGAGGUAAACCUGCAGAAUGGUAUUUUGUUUGUGAAUUCUCGGAUCGACCGCGAGGAGCUGUGUGGGCGGAGCGCGGAAUGCAGCAUCCACCUGGAGGUGAUCGUGGACAGGCCUCUGCAGGUUUUCCAUGUGGAAGUGGAGGUGAAGGACAUUAACGACAACCCACCCGUAUUCCCGGAGACAAAAAAGAAUCUGUUUAUAGCCGAAUCCAGGAUGCUUGACUCUAGGUUUCCACUAGAGGACGCUUCCGAUGCAGAUAUCGAGGAGAACGCUCUGUUGACUUACAGACUGAGCCCCAACGAGUUUUUCUCUCUGGACUUACCAACCAAUGGCGAACAGGAAAAACCUCUUGGUCUUGUAUUACGGAAAUCUUUAGACAGGGAAGAAUCUCCGGAACUUCAUUUAUUGCUCACAGCCACUGAUAGAGGCAAACCUGAGCUGACUGGCACUGUUCAGUUACUCAUCAAAGUGCUGGAUGCCAAUGACAACGCACCAGUUUUCGACAGAACACUCUAUGCGGUGAAAUUACCAGAAAAUGUUCCCAAUGGAACAUUAGUAAUUAAACUUAAUGCCUCAGAUUUGGAUGACGGCAUGAAUGGGGAUAUUAUUUACUCAUUCUCUAGUGACGUUUCCCCAGAUAUAAAAUCUAAAUUCUACAUGGAUGCCAUAAAUGGAGAAAUUAUAGCAAUAGGACAUAUCGAUUUUGAAGAAUGUAAAACCUACAAAAUUCGAGUAGAAGCGAUCGAUAAAGGCUAUCUACCACUAGCUGGUCACUGUACAGUUCUUGUGCAAGUUUUGGACGCUAAUGAUAAUGCUCCAGAGUUGACUGUUACUUCCCUGUCUCUCCCUAUCUCAGAGAAUGCUCAGCGGGGCACAGUCAUCACCUUGAUCAGUGUGUCUGACCGAGAUUCUGGAGCUAAUGGCCAGGUGACCUGCACACUGUCGCCCCAUGUCCCCUUCAAGCUGGUGUCCACCUUCAAGAAUUACUAUUCGCUGGUGCUGGACAGCGCCCUGGACCGCGAGAGCGUGUCGGACUAUGCUCUAGUAGUGACAGCACGGGACGGGGGCUCGCCUUCGCUGUCGGCCACGGCCAGCGUGUCCGUGGAAGUGGCCGACGUGAACGACAACGCGCCGACAUUCGCGCAGGCCGAGUACACGGUGUUCGUGAGGGAGAACAACCCUCCCGGCUGCCACAUCUUCACGGUGUCCGCGCGGGACGCGGACGCGCAGGAGAACGCGCUGGUGUCCUACUCGCUGGUGGAGCGGCGGGUGGGCGAGCGUGCGCUGUCGAGCUACGUGUCGGUGCACGCGGAGAGCGGCAAGGUGUACGCGCUGCAGCCGCUGGACCACGAGGAGCUGGAGCUGCUGCAGUUCCAAGUGAGCGCGCGCGACGCGGGCGUGCCCCCGCUGGGCAGCAACGUGACGCUGCAGGUGUUCGUGCUGGACGAGAACGACAACGCGCCCGCGCUGCUGCCGCUGCCCGGGGCGGGCGGCGCGGGCGGCGCCGUGAGCGAGCUGGUGUGGCGGUCGGUGGGCGCGGGCCACGUGGUGGCGAAGGUGCGCGCGGUGGACGCGGACUCGGGCUACAACGCGUGGCUGUCGUACGAGCUGCAGCCGGCGGCGGGUGGCGCGCGCAGCCCGUUCCGCGUGGCGCUGUACACGGGCGAGAUCAGCACGACGCGCAGCCUGGACGAGGCGGACUCGCCGCGCCAGCGCCUGCUGGUGCUGGUGAGGGACCACGGCGAGCCGGCGCUGACGGCCACGGCCACCGUGCUGCUGUCGCUGGUGGAGAGCGGCCAGGCGCCCAAGGCCUCGUCGCGGGUGUUGGCGGGCGCCGCUGGCGCGGAGACGGCGCUGGUGGAUGUCAACGUGUACCUGAUCAUCGCCAUCUGCGCGGUGUCCAGCCUGCUGGUGCUCACGCUGCUGCUGUACGUGGCGCUGCGGUGCUCGGCGCCGCCCAGCGAGGGCGCGUGCGGUCCGGGGAAGCCCACGCUGGUGUGUUCCAGCGCGGUGGGGAGCUGGUCGUACUCGCAGCAGAGGCGGCAGAGGGUGUGCUCUGGGGAGGGUCCGCCCAAGACCGACCUCAUGGCUUUCAGCCCCAGCCUUCCCCCGUGUCCUGGAUCUCUGAAUCCAACGGAAGAUCCACAAGCUUCUUUGGAGUCUUCUGGAAAGAAGAUCAGUGAACAUCUAGCAAUGUAUUUAUCUUUUGGAUCAUCAGGAAGCAUGCACACAAUGGGUUCCAGGGAGGUUAGGAUUUGAAACAGCUGAGAAGUUCAAAAUGGAGAAGUGAGAGCAUGGAAGACAUUUUAUUUUUUUGCCUAGUAACUAGCCCUCUGUGUUUCUGUGGGUAACACUCCUCAAUUCAAGCAGCAACCAUUAAAUCAAUAAUGAAACUUCCUAUGUCAGCCCCUAAAUUGUAGUUUUUAUAUAGGGUUAACUAUCUAAGUUCUGACUUAAUCUUAGACACUUUUGAGAGUGAAGGGACACUAUAAGUAAGUAUACAAGACUACAGACAUAAACAGAGUAUAUCCCAGGUAACUUGGGGUCUAUGGCCAGCCUAUCCUAUCCUAGACCUGAUAAUGCUAACUGCGUUAGCAACAUCUGGAGUCCUUAUUGAACAUUCUGGUUCCCAGACUCUACUCCACAAUUUCUGAAAUAAGUAGGACUGGCAAACUUGCUUUUCAAUAAGCACUCCAGGUGUUUCUUAUUCAGCUGAAGUUUUAGAUCUAAUAGGCUUAUGAGACACUUAGAGAAGCAAGUUCCUAUUAUUUGAGAGUAUAUAAUUUAACUACCCCUGCUUUGUAUUCAUUAUUGCAGAUUUAACUGGCACAUUUAUGCUAUUACUUGCUAUAAAAUGCACAUUAACAGGAAUGGAGUAUAGUUUAUAUUAUUACCUUGUGUUGCGAUGAUUAUUCACUAAUAAACUUAUUUUUAGAUUCCAGAAAGUAGCUCUAACUAAACAUUGAUUGGUAUCGUAGAUAGAUACAUAAGUUGUUACACUUUAAUUUGUGCUUUACAAGAAAAAUAGCCAGUAAAACCAGAAUUUGAAUGGAUUUUCACUUAGGGUCAAUCUGAAGAAGUAGAAGAUUAUAAAAACAAUUUAAUGGCACACAUGAAUCCAUGAAUUAAGUGACUCUCGUUCCUGUCACUUUUUUUGUUCAUAAGUGUUAGUCUGUUUUUCAGCUCUUAAUAGCAACUGAAAGAGUUCAAAAUUAUUGAUCUCUGUUAUAACUUACAAUAUCAUUAAAGUAAAGAAAAUAACCUUUGGAUAAGACCAAAGGUCCUAUUAUUAAGUUUUUCCUUUUUGGGGAAAAAAAGAACUUUUUCUCUUUUUUUCAGUAGUGCAGAUAUAUUAAUAGAGAAUUUCAUUUGCUAAAUACUUGAUUCUAAAAACUUUAAGAGAGAAAAUAUUU